AUGGGCGAACAAUCUUCGUCGAAAGUCAUCGCUUUCACAGCCAUUGUGCUGAGCACAGUAGCCAUCACCGGAUGCCUUCUCAGCUUCCCGCUGGCUUUCCACUACGUGCAGACGUUGGAGGCUUCCACUCGAUCCCGUAUGGUAUGGAAGAGAAUGUUGGACGUGUCCAACGACGGUAGCCGAAGCCCAGAAGCCACGGAGCGUAUGGCUGAGGUGAUCACCAAUCUUCGUUAUCCACGUUCCGUUAACUUUGACGGUGACUUCUGGAUGAAAAGAAUGCGCGACGACGCCCUGCGACUCACGCGACAAGAACACGGUGGAGCGGAAAGCUGCUGUACCUGCCACCGCGGACUGCCUGGACCUCCAGGCUUACCUGGCAGAGAUGGCGCUGACGGUGCGGACGGACUGCCCGGCGAACCAGGUGACCGUGGUGAUCCGGCUCCUCCAGCUCCCGAACUACUACCUAAGAUUCCCGAACAGUGUCCAUGUGAAGCCCCGGCAGGAGAUCCAGGUGAACCUGGUGAAAAGGGUAUUGAUGGCUACCAGGGCGAUCCAGGGCCGGCAGGUAAGGAUGGAAAGAACGGAGACCAAGGGCCUCGUGGACCACCAGGUGCUAAGGGUCUUGCGGGAGACCAGGGACCGAGAGGCCCACCAGGCGAACCCGGCAAGUACGUUGAAAAGGUCGGACCGCCCGGCCCACGUGGACCCCAGGGACCACCAGGCGAAGCUGGACCUCCAGGAGAGCCUGGACCAGACGGCAAAGACGGCGCGAAAGGUCCCAGAGGUGAACCCGGUCCUGCUGGCGUUGGUGGUGCGUCUGGCAAAAGCGGUCCGCCAGGCGAACCCGGCGAAGCUGGUGAUGCUGGCGAUUCCGGCAGCUGCGACCACUGUCCGCCUGCCAGAUUGGCGCCUGGAUAUUAA